AUGGCGAUGAUAUACGAUCCGAAUAAAAUUUCUGCAGAAGAUGUAGGUUUCGAUGAAAAGAAAUGGGAAGCUUUGAUUAAUUCUGAUGAAGUUAUUAAUGAAUCAUUAUCACAGCUAAUCGACACUUCAAAUGAUGAUAUCGAUAGAACAGAUAUUGUAAAGUCAUCAGUGAAUAACUCUAAAAAAUCAACUUUUAUCAAUAGUGAUAUAUUGAUUCAUGUUGGUCGACCAAUGACUAUUCUUAUUGGACCUUCGUCUAACCAACGUGUUCGAUAUGAAAAUGAAUGCGAAAAAAUACUUCGAUACCUUUCUAUACCUAAUACAAGAACAAUGACCAUAGCAAUUCCUGAUCUUCGUCCUAUGCUUACUGUAGGCGAUUGUGUUUGGAUGCGUAUAACACGAACGACGAUUAAUCACCGAAAGGAUAAUCUUAUUUUUUAUCAUCCAUAUCCAACAUGGAUAAAAGAUAAAAAUGCUCGAAUUCAUAAUGGGUCAAUAUUUAUUCAAAUUAGUGACAAAGACAUGGAGAAUCGUUUUAUCGAAAUCGAUACUUUAGCUUUACUACGACUUAAACAAGAUGAUUUAGCUAAAAUUAACACAUUAGCAAUUUUUUCACAGACUCAACUUCUUUGCUCUUAUACGCAUUCGAUCGGUCCUGCAACACCAAAACAUAUAAGAGAUGAAUACAAACUUCGACAGUCAAUUUUAAAUUUUCAACUUGUACGAGUUGACCUAAACAAUAUUGCGUUUCUUACUGAUUCUUGUUGUCACACAGAGCCUAUAAAUGAAAUAGAAGCAAGUGGUAAACAACCCAUCAUGAAAUCAGACAGAGAACAUCGAACUAGACCAAAGAUAUACAAAAAAUUGAAAUCUUAA